UGAAUGACUUGCGUAUUAUAUUUAUAUAUUUGUUCUCUCUGUUCUUUACUAUUAUCAUGUGCUAUAAAUACUCCCAAUGUGCUUCAAAAACGAAAACAAACACAAGGGUCCGUAAUAUCAGCUAGAGAGACUUCGUAAAAGAUGGCGACUCAUUCCAAUGGAAGUUCUGAGUUUAACAUCCCCAAGAUAAGGUUUACGAAGCUGUUCAUCAAUGGAGAAUUUGUAGAUGCUGUUUCAGGGAAAACUUUUGAGACAAUAGAUCCAAGAACAGGUGAGGUGACAGCAAGGGUUGCUCAAGGAGAUAAGGAGGAUGUUGAUCUUGCGGUCAAGGCUGCUCGUCAAGCCUUUGAUUAUGGUCCAUGGCCACGUUUCAGUGGCUUUGAAAGAGGAAGGAUAAUGAUGAAAUUUGCGGACUUAAUAGAUGAAAACAUAGAAGAAUUAGCGGCAGUGGAUUGUAUUGAUGCUGGGAAAUUGUUCAGUAGGGGCAAGGCCGUGGAUAUUCCUCUCGGAGCCAACACUCUUCGUUACUACGCGGGAGCAGCCGAUAAAAUUCACGGAGAGACGUUGAAAAUGUCAGGCUCGUUUCAGGCAUAUACUUUGCUUGAACCCAUAGGUGUUGUAGGUCAUAUUGUCCCCUGGAAUUUCCCUACUUCCAUAUUUUUCAUGAAGGCUAGUCCCGCCUUAGCCGCUGGCUGUACCAUGGUCAUCAAACCAGCUGAACAAACGCCCCUUUCCGCUCUUUUUUAUGCCCAUCUUGCCAAGCUCGCUGGUAUACCUGAUGGUGUGAUCAAUGUUGUAAAUGGAUUUGGAACCACUGCUGGUGCUGCUAUUAGCUCACAUAUGGACAUUGAUAAAGUUAGUUUUACAGGGUCUACAGAAGUAGGACGUAAAGUGAUGCAGGCUGCAGCAGCAAGCAAUUUGAAAACAGUUUCACUUGAAUUAGGAGGCAAAUCGCCUCUCUUGAUUUUUGAUGAUGCUGAUGUAGAUAAAGCAGCCGAUCUUGCUCUUCUCGGUGUCGUGUACAACAAGGGAGAAAUUUGUGUGUCAAGUUCACGUGUCUAUGUUCAGGAAGGGAUUUAUGAUGAAUUGGUAAAAAAAUUGGUAGAGAAGGCCAAAGCUUGGGUAGUUGGGGACCCUUUUGAUCCUAAAGUUCGUCAAGGACCGCAGGUGGAUAAGAAGCAGUUCGAUAGAAUUCUUUCUUACAUUGAGCAUGGAAAAAGAGAAGGAGCCACUUUGCUAACAGGAGGUAAGCCUUGUGGCGAGAAGGGAUAUUAUAUUGAACCUACAAUUUUCACCGACGUUAAGGAGGAUAUGCUAAUUGCAAAAGAUGAAAUUUUUGGUCCUGUCAUGUCAUUAAUGAAAUUCAAGACGGUUGAUGAGGCAAUCAAGUGUGCCAACAAUACUAAAUAUGGGCUAGCAGCAGGCAUUGUAACCAAGAACAUAGAUGUGGCAAACACCGUCUCAAGAUCAAUUCGCGCUGGCAUUAUAUGGAUCAAUUGCUAUUUUGCUUUUGAUAAGGAUUGCCCUUAUGGAGGAUACAAGAUGAGUGGAUUUGGAAGGGAUUUGGGAUUGGAAGCUCUUCAUAAGUAUCUUCAAACCAAGUCUGUUGUAAUUCCCAUUUACAAUUCUCCUUGGCUCUGAACACACUUGGUUUUAAAAUGUUAAAAGAGUAAGUGUUGGCAAAUUACAUUAGCCAAUGAGUUUGCAGUGCCUAGGCUGCAAAUUUAUCUAAAUUAGGCGGAAUAAUCUGAGCCUACAAUGAAAGCUUGUGCUUUAUAUUCUCGUUCAAUAAUCUAAAUGCGUGCUCUUGAUUUCAUUCAUA